CGAGUAGUAUACAGGAGAAAUCUCCGCUAUAAAAGUCGCCAUCAGGUUCUGUCAGUCUCUUGCCCGCCACAGCCUCCGUGACUCUGCAGUCGCCAUGUUUGUUCCGGCACUCGCCUUGUUCUUGACCUUUGCACUCGCAUCUGGCGACCCGAACAGCUGCCAGGGCAGGUGUUUCGCCCAACUGGACACAUCACAGCCCUGCCAGUGUAACACCUACUGUGAACGCUAUGAGGACUGCUGUUCAGACUUUUUCACUCUUUGCCGGGGCAUAGAAAAUUGUCAUCACAUAUCAGCUGCCGAUCUGGCCAAGGUGGCCCAGGACAUCUACGCAGCUGAUGAGAACCAGGUUGACGGAUCCCACUACAAGCUGAACUUCCAGAAGCGAUAUAGUACUGGAGUGGACAACCCCCUGGCAUUUUUCACCAGUCUGGACGAAACCGUCUUCCAGAGUGCAACAUUUAAAGGCCUGUCGGACUUGGAAGACAACUAUGAGAAAGUUGUUCAUGUUCAAGAGAACUACACUGCUGCCGAAUGGGCUGAGGUGCAAUCGUUUAUUUCCAAUGUGGUCAGCUCGGGACCCAUGGGAGUUGCUUUGGAGUUCUUAGCGGCGCGAGGGUGCAUCUCAAACAAUACAGAAGCUUGGAAGACCCUGAUCGAAGAGAUCUGGUUUAACCUUUACUCCCGCACGGAAGGCACCAGCUCUGCUCACGACAGCUCUGGGUUCGAACAUGUCUUUCUGGGCGAACUUCGAGGUCACUCUGUCUUAGGGUUAAACAACUGGAUUGAGUACUACAAGGAGGAGAAGAGUGGGAGAAUUAAUUAUUUGGGCUGGAUAGACUACAUGACGAAUCCAAACAUUGUGUCCAUCAGCUUUGUGUGGGAGGGAGCACAAGCCCCUGUUCGUUCAUUUUUCGUGGGGACGAGCCCGGAGUUCGACAUGGCGGUGGCCACACUGUGUGCUGUAGCACGAGGUAACCAAGGGUGUCAUCUGACCAUCAACGGCAAGUCCUUCACCUAUCAGACAUAUGUUAUUCGGCACAACCAUAACCAACAGUUGCAGAUCACCGCCGCCUAUCCCAUAGUUCCAGCUCACUCAGCACCCGUCAACGCCACUGGGGAAGAACUCGUAGGAUGAAGCCUCGGUCUGUGGUUACGGGUUCAAGUCUAACAUGAACGAGAAAAAAACUUAUAUGGAGUUUACUAUGAUAGAAAGCGUAGAAAAAUUGAGUUUGAAUGAAAAAUUAGUGAUUUGUGUA